AGGGGGCAUUCCGAGAAUUGAACUCGGGACCUCUCGCACCCUAAGCGAGAAUCAUACCACUAGACCAAAUGCCCAAUUUGUUCCUUUCGGUUUCAUAAUAUUUAAUAUAAAUAAACGCUCCUAGUUUAUUGGACCAAAUCUCUAUUUAGUAUUUACCGACUUAUUCUCGUUUCCCUCUCAAGUCUGAGUUGGGAGAGAGACGGUCGACAAGCUCAGCACCCAAUAGCUUCGUUUCCCCUUUCCCCAUCAUACUCCAGCAGGGUAUCUGCUCUUUGCUACGAGAUAGACAAUGAGACAAAGCCAAGAGGGGAGAGCACUUAGACAAUUCACUUUGAGUACAGGGAAGUCUGCUGGUUGGAUUUUCUCAAAGCGUAUUACGGUUUUUCACCGAGGGCUUACAGGUUAAUAGCAGGUUCCUAUUUCUUCCAAAAGGUAUUGCAUACGUGGAAACAUGUUGAAGCACCUAUCUGGCAAGUUAUGGAUCAAAGGGGUCUGGGCAAAUGGAAGAGAUCAAUUUAGGCCUUGCUUAUAUGUACCCACAAGUGGCUUCCACAAUGGAAAGGCUCAUUUGGCACCAAGAAGUUUUUUCGGGGUAGAGGAUUUCCUCGAUGAUGACAAUAGCAGGCCAUACACUUAUCAGAAGGAGAAGAAAUCAAAGAAUCCGAACAAGCACAUAUCAUUUAAACAGCGGACAGGAGCCUACAUGGAACCCUUUACACUUGAUGUGUUGAUCUCAAAGCGCUUUGUUUCAGCCUCACUGACCCACAGGGUAACUAGUAAGCAGGUUGCAGUUGCUGGUACAAACUCCAAAGAUAUAAAAGCUGUGCUCAAGUCUCGAUCUGAUAUACCUGCAUGCUUGGCAAUUGGACGCAUUUUAUCCGAGAGAGCAAGAGAAGCUGAUGUUUACACAGCUUCCUACACUCCAAGGGAUAGGGACAAGUUUGAAGGGAAAAUCAGAGCAGUUGUUCAGUCUCUCAUUGACAAUGGGAUUGAUGUCAAGGUUUAUCUUGACUGAAUAAGCUCCAAAUUUCUCUAUGAUUCUUUCAGAUCCUUGGGAAUGGGGGGUAUAGUUCAGUUAUUAUUAUAUAUGAUUUAGAAACAAGUACUGGGCUGUUUGAGGUUUUGCAAGCUUGAAAUGACUGGAGCUCUGAAAUUCAAGAUUGGCCUGGUUGAAAAAAAUGAAGAUGUGGGUUUUGUUUAAGCUCAA